GGACAUCAAUCGAUGAGGCUGUGGAAUUACAUCGACUGAGAGAGUUGGUUAGGACAUGUGUUACCUAUGCCUAGUCAUCGCCUUCCUCGACGGGGAAUGUUAGCUGACAUAGGAUUGGUCAGGCUGGAAAAGAGCUAGCGGCGUUCAAAUCAAAACAUGGCACCAGUCAAUGAAACCCAAUACAGUUAGUUUAAGUCAGCUACGUGGAGGUGUAGACUUCCUGGUUGGGGUCCCCGGGAUGGUAAAAAGCAAUGGUUGGAAACUAUUCGUGAUAUGGCGCAAAGUGAUCGUUCUCAAUGGUUGGCGCAGAUGCAUCCACUCCUUGUGAUUUAUGAUCUCCAAUGAAACUGUUUCGUUCUUCGUUAUUACUCUUCCUUUGUCUCACACCUCUGCUUACCGUCUCUAUUAUGCUUUUCUUGUAGUUUCUUCUCUUGCUUCGUGUGCUACAUGGAAUGUGGCGACUUGAACUUCCGCACAUAUGUGCAAAGUUCUAUGUCGAAAAGAGACAGACGUAAAAACAAAACCAACCAUAGUAAACGAUAAUGAUUUGUAUAUAAUCAUAGUAUGACCGAAACAUUGCUUUCCAGCAGUUUACUAAACUUUGCUUUUAUUCUAUUUUCUCCAUUGUUGUAGUGUUGUGAUCACAUAGUUUAUCAACAAAUCCUACCUUUCAAGUUACAAAGAUAAUCUCAGCGUGAUUAUCAAUCAAUUAUUUGAUACUAAAUUUGUUAUGUACACACUAUUACGUGGUUUGUGGCGUUAUCUAUCACAAAAGGAUGAAUUUUCUGUCCUAAUAUUGGGAUUAGAUGGUGCCGGGAAAACAACGUAUCUAGAGCAAGCUAAGAUAAAUUUUGUUCCAAAUUACAAAUCAAUUCCAAUGCAAAAGAUUACCACUACUGUCGGUUUAAACAUUGGAUUUAUCGAGGUUGAUGAUAUACGACUUAAGUUGUGGGAUCUUGGUGGGCAAGAGGAACUUCAGUCCUUAUGGGACAAGUAUUAUGCUGAGUCAAACGGUAUUAUAUUUGUCGUUGACUCUGCAGAUUCUGAACGUUUUGAGGAAUCAAGAGAUGCUUUUGAUAAAAUGGUUAGGAAUCCUGUACUGGAUGGUGUACCUUUACUUGUUUUGGCCAAUAAACAAGAUCUGAAG